GGUCCGUCGAGACUGCUUAAACAGUGUCAACUUGCUUCGACACUACAAUAAAUCGCUUCAUAUAUAUUCAGUACAUCAUCAACAACUUUCUUCUAAACUAAACCCCACACAUAAAGAAAAACAAAACAGUCGUUACAGUAUAUAUAUAAGCAUAUAUAUCCCAGCUUCAGAAUCUCAUCACUACACAUAUAUAUAUUUUUAUAUAUAUAAUGGGUAGCCCUAAUCGUGAAGCGGUGAAGGUGGUGUUGAUCGAAACCAAAUAUGUGGAAACCGAUGCGACGACGUUUAAGUCUAUAGUUCAGAGCCUUACUGGGAAAGAUGCGACCGUUAUUAACAACGGUGGCUCUGGCAAGAGAAAGAGAGGGGCAACUAGGGCAACACCGUCACCAGCUCUUGAUGUGAAAACCCCUAAUGAUAAUGAUAAUCAUAAUCAUGAUGAUAUUGCCUGCGACGACGCCGUUUCACGGACUGACGACCACAGCAGCAGCCUUUCGUCAAUGUCGUUUUUAACGAGUGGAAUGUCGUUUAAGGACUUAGAUAGAAUGUUGUUGGAGAUGCCACCAUUGGAGGAGUUGCCAUGUUGGCUCUGGGAUCAGUAGAAUCACACUGCUAUUACUGCUGUAACUUAUUUUCAUUGUUACAUUUAAAUAUCUAUGAUUGAAUCAAGUUUUUGACGGUUUCCACUACUAGCUGCUAUAUACUCACAAUUUUUAUAUAUAUUCUUAUCUAUUUGAUAAA